CCACGUGGAGGACAACCUAGACCAGCUGAGCCAGCUGCUGGACCACCUGCACGAGAAGGUCCCCAAAGCAUUUGUAAACCUGGUGGAUCUUUCAGAGGUUGCGAGGGUCACUCACUGGCAUCAGGGAGCCCAGCUCAGCCCUCCGCUGGAGUCAUGCCAAUGCUUGGAAGAGCUCUCAGAGCUCGAUAAGGUGGAGAUGCAGUGGUUUUAUCAGAAAGUCUGGCAAAGAAUCCUGGCACUCAGCAAGUACAACACGCAGGAGUUGUUCACUGUGGUUUUCCAGCCUGUCUUCUACAACAUGAGCCUAUUGCCAAUCUCGGAAGAGUCCCUGCUCCAGGAUCCUACCAUGCUCGCCUGGGAUCUCUGGAACAGCAUGAUUACGCCAACACGACAGAAAAAGAAACCAUUCAGUACAGAACAGAGGAGGCCAGUAAAGUGUCCCUCUCAGGAGAAUCCCUAUCUAUUCACCUACAAGAACGAUGGCUACCAGACCAGUCUGUCAAAAUUCCAAGCACAGCCUCAGGGACAACUAGGUGCAGAAGUCAGAUGUCGUUACAGGGACCCCUCCAAUCCGGUUCCCACUUCAGUUCACAGGCUGAGGCCCGCCGACAUCAAGGUCAUUGGAGCCUUGGGCGAUUCUAUCACAGCAGCUUUGGGAGCUCGGGCCAGGCGCAUAGAAGAAAUCCUCGUCCAAAGAACUGAGUUCCGAGGCGUGUCCUGGAGUGCGGGUGGAGACGAAACCGUGCAUAAUACAGUCACCCUGCCCAAUAUUCUCCGGGAAUUCUCCCAUAACCUGAGGGGCUUCUCUACCGGUACAGGCAAUGAACGGAGUGCUAAUGCCGCCUUCAACCAGGCCAAGUCUGGAGACAAAGCUGGGAAUUUACUCACCCAGGCCGGGAGCCUACUAAAUCUAUUGAGGACUGAUCAGAGGAUAAACUUUCGGAAUGACUGGAAGAUAAUAACUGUAUUUAUAGGGGGCAAUGACCUCUGUAAUUUCUGUACCAACAAGGGUACUUACUCUGCUGAGAACUACUCAGAGGCCAUCAAGAAUGCUCUGGACUUCCUUCAGAGAGAGAUUCCUCGGGUAUUUGUGAACCUGGUGAAUGUGUUCCAGAUGGCCAGCCUGGGGUCAAUGAUAACUAGCAACUGCAGAAACCCAGCUUUGAGAGCGUUGUGUCCCUGUCUCACAAGAAAUCCACCCAACAGAGAAGAUCUAGCAGCCGUCAUGAAUGCAAACAGAGAUUAUCACAUGAAAACUCAUGAGCUGAUUGAGAGUGGACGGUACAACAGAUGGGACAAUUUUACAGUGGUUUUGCAGCCCAUGUUUGAAAACACUGGCAUCCCAACCACUGAGGAGGGGUUGCCCGAUGUCUCUUUGUUUGCUCCUGACUGUUUCCACUUCAGCCAAAAGGGUCAUGACCGUGCAGCCCGAUACCUCUGGAGAAAUAUGCUGGAACCUGUUCGCCACAAGACGAGGCAGAGUGAGUUUCGAAAUGCGAUCGCCAUCUCAUGUCCAACCCAGACUUGGCCGUUUCUCAGCACCCACAGGGACAAUACUAAGGGUUCGGGGACCUGGCUGGAAUGCACCAAUAGAAGUCCUUCUAGCUCUCCUCCCACCUCAGUGCAUGCCCUGAGACCUGCAGACAUCCAAGUUGUGGCUGCUCUGGGAGACUCCAUUUCUGCUGGCAAUGGAGCUGGCACCGAACCAGACAAUAUCUCUGAUGUCAUGACACAGUAUCGGGGACUGGCAUUUAGUUCAGGAGGGGAUGAGGCCCUGGAGAACGUGACCACUUUACCCAAUAUCCUUCGGAAGUUCAAUGCAAACCUCAAAGGCUUCGCAUUGGGCAUAGGAACCGUCAAUGACUCGAAUGCAGCUCUCAAUCAGGCUUUUCCUGGAGCAAAGUCUGGUGACCUUGAGAUGCAAGUCCAGGCUCUGGUGGAGAGAAUGAGAGGCGAUUCUCAAUUAAAUUUCCAAGAAAACUGGAAGCUCAUCACAGUGAUGAUUGGAAACAACGAUUUAUGUGACUACUGCUCAGACUCGAACGUGCAUUCGGCAGCAAACUUUAUUGCAAAUCUUCGCCAGGCCUUGGACAUGUUGUUUGCACAGGUGCCCAGAACCCUGGUCAACGUUGUGGAGUUCAUAGACCCCAUUGUCAUGCGGCAGAUGUUCCAGGGAAAUGAAGACAGGUGCCCAUCGUGGCAGGCCGGCCUUUUGUGCAACUGCGUUCUGACCCCGUGGGAUAACUCCCCAGAGCUGGCCAGGCUGCAAGCCUUAGCCCAAGCCUACCGGAGAAAUAUUCGCCAGCUGGUGUCGUCAAGCCGCUACCAAACAAAAGAUGACUUUGCGGUGGUGCUACAGCCCUUCACCCACACUAUCCAGCUCCCGGUCCAGGAGAAUGGGAUUCCAGAUGCAACCUUCUUUGCCCCUGACUGCAUCCACCCAAGUGAGAGAUUCCACGCACAGCUCUCCAGAGCCCUUUGGGUCAAUAUGCUAGAGCCAGUUGGAAGGAAGAUGGAAACCCUGAACCUGGCUGGGGAUAUUCCCCUCACCUGUCCCACUGAGAAUGAUCCCUUCCUGAGAACCUCCAAGAACAGUAAUGUUCCGGGUAGCCCUGGAGGUGGUGGUGACAGGCCAGGCUCGCCAGGUGGACCAGAGGAACCAGGCGGGGGACCAGGCGGGGUACCAGGCGGGGGACCAGGAGGACCAAGCCCAGAGAACUGGGGAAGUGACCUCGACUGCCAGGACCGGAGUCCUUCCAAAAGCGUUCCCACAUCAGUCCACCAACUCCGACCAGCAGACAUCAAAGUGGUGGCUGCUCUGGGUGAUGCACUGACUACAGCAAGGGGAGCUCGACCAAGUGCUGAAGGCGAAAACUCCACAGACUGGAAGGGACUCUCCUGGAGCAUUGGAGGUGAAGAGGUCUUGGAGAAGAGCACCACACUGCCCAACAUUCUGAAGAAGUUCAACUCUAAAAUCCUUGGGUUCUCUACCGCUGAUGACACCGGCCUAAAUAUGGCAGAGGAAGGGGCCAGAGCUCAGGACAUGAAAACCCAGGCCCAGGAACUGGUGAAGAGAAUUAAACAGAACGCCAAAAUCGACCUGAAGAACGACUGGAAGCUGGUCACAAUCUUCAUUGGGGGCAAUGACCUCUGUCACUACUGCGAGGAGACGAAAAUGCCUCUCUCAGCCAAGAAGUAUGUUGAUGAAAUCAAAAAGGCCCUGGACAUCCUCCACAAGGAGCUUCCGAAUACCUUCGUCAACCUGGUGGACAUCAUGGAGCUGGCUAGCCUGUACCAGGGCCCCAACGGGAGAUGUGGCAUCCUGGCAGCUCAGAGCAUCUGCAAUUGCCUCUUCGAUGACUCCCAAAGCUCCCCAGCGGUGGUGCUGCAGCAGUUGAGGGAGGUGAACUGGGACUUCCAGCGCCGCAUCUCUGAGUUGUCCUACCUACAGCAGUACACGAAUUAUGAGGACUUCAUCGUGGUCAUGCAGCCUUUCUUCGAGAACACUCUCAUCCCGUUAACUGAAAAUGGGAGCCCUGACCUCACCUUAUUCUCCGACAACUGUUUAUACUUCUCAGAACGUGGCCAAGCGGAGAUGGCCAUCGCACUCUGGAACAACAUGCUGGAACCGAUAGGCCAGAAGACGACCACCACCAACUUCACCUACAGUCGAAAGAAACUCAAGUGCCCCUCUCCCGAGAAACCUUACCUCUACACCCUGCAGAAUAGUGAGCUCUUCCCAGCGGUGCGUAGCAAACUUCGUGGCCCACUCUACUGGGCCGUGAUUGCGGCGGCCUUGGCCACAGGCAUUUUAGGGGUGGCUUUGGCAAUAAUAGCAUUAAGCAGCCUAAGUUGAGGUGGCUAGCCUGCAAGUCCAGCUGCUUCUGAAGCCUAGGCCUCUGUGUGUGGGUCCUCAUCCUAAAUUCCCUGGCCACACUACUCCUUAGCCCCUCUACCUCAACCACCUGGUAACAGAGGAAGCCAACGGAACAGUCAAGACUUCCUGAGCCCUGGGUUUAUUCCAGGCCUAUCCUCCUGAAAUUAGCAGAUUUCAAUAAAGGCCAAGACCAUGCUACUCUAGGGUUAGCCUGCUUG